AUGAUGCUGCGAAUGCUUCUUUUGAAGUGCGCAACUCAGCUCAAUUGAUGGACUUACUGAAUUGCGAGGGAAAAGUAAACCAUAACACUGGAUUAACUUGUAUGGAAUAUCAGUUCUAAAAUUAGAUUAGAUAGGUUGAUUUUGUUAAACACUCACAAAUUGUAAUUUGAAGUUUUCUUAACGGUUUCUGAACCCGGGACAAGUGGUCUUUACGCACAGUUUGCGCCAUGGCGAACUCGUGUCUUCAACUGAGCGGCUUUCUCAUCAGCUGCCUUGGCUGGCUGGGCAUCGUGAUCGCGACAGCCACCAAUGACUGGGUGCUUAUGUGUAAAUACGGUUUGAACACAUGCAAGAAGAUGGAUGAGCUGGGAGCCAAGGGACCCUGGGCGGACUGUGUCAUCUCCACAGGACUCUACCACUGCGUCUCCCUAACGCAGAUCCUGGACCUGCCAGCCUACAUCCAGACGACUCGUGCCCUGAUGAUCACAGGUUCGAUCCUGGGUCUCCCAGCAGUGGGAAUGAUCCUCAUGUCCAUGCCCUGCAUCAACCUCGGCGAUGAACCCCAGGGCUCCAAGAACAAACGCACCAUCCUGGGAGGAGUGCUUAUACUCAUAGUCGCCACAUGCGGCAUGGUGUCGACAGUCUGGUUUCCCAUCGGCGCUCACCAGGAGCAUGGCCUGAUGUCAUUCGGCUUCUCCCUCUACACCGGAUGGGUGGGGACUAUCUUCUCCCUGCUGGGCGGGUGCAUUCUUACCUGCUGCUCCUCAGAGUCCUCCUCCUCAUCUCGCUCCUACCAGGACAACAAUCGUUUCUACUACUCCAAACAGGGCGGUGGCAACCCGCCAGCACCGCCUUCCACCAAUCAUGCUAAGAGCGCCCACGUCUGAGAGCGGAGAGAGAUUAGAUGUGUAAGGGACUGUAGUUUGUAUAUAGAGACAUAUACACUAGCACACACAUACACAUACAAUCACAGUUACAUGCAAACCUAUACUGGAAGAGAAGGAGACACAUGAACACACUCAUUCAUCUUCAAGAAAAAUACACAAAUUCUUGAAUGAGCACACAAACAUACAUAAAAGAGACAUUCACACAUCCAAACACCAGACUGUUUUUGUUGGAGCUCUUUCUUUCGCCCUUGGAUUGUUUUUGUAUCACAGAGCUCAUCUUCCAGCCUCCUCAUUUUGGGCGUGGUGUGGACUCUCCCAGCUGUUCCAUAAUUGUACAAGCUCCUGAGUAACUGACCUGCACAGCAGCCUGAGGUCUUGUGGACCUAGAUAUUGAUCUUCAGGGCUGUCCUCGACAUUCUCAGGCGACAAACACUCAUGAUUUUAUCGACUAAUCGAUUGGUUGAUUUAAUCGACAGAUCUGUAAAACUGAGUUUCUCCACAAAGAAUCGCGCAGAAGCACCACUUUAAAUCUUGCGUUUACCAGAGAUGUGCUCGUAAGUGUCUUGGAAAUGAGUCUCUUAGCAUGUAAGAGUGUUAAAAAAUUACUAAUCGACUAAAGAAAUCUUAGUCGACUGUGACCAAAACGACCCAUUCGUCGACCAAGAGGGGGCAGCUCUAUUGAUCUUCUAUAUUUCGUCUAUUUUUCUAUUUAGAUGCUCCUAUAAAAUCUUAUGUGUAAAUGUUCUUUUUUAAAUCAUUUAAUAUCAUGAUCUGUCUUUUUGAUAAGAGCAGGGUAUGACAGUAUAAUAUUUGGAAUUGGUAAUAUGUUCAUUUACUUUGUUUGUGCUCAUUGGCUUUUUUUUUGACAUUACUGUUCAACUCUCUAGUGCCUCUUGAGUGAUAGACUUGAUUAAAAAACACAGCACUGUUUUUCCCAGCCACUGCAGGAUGACUGUAGAAGGAUGGGAACACACAUUUCACAGGAGAGCUUUUUAGCCAGCAGUGUUGCAGUCUGUAAUGAAGCCUAAGUAUGUGCACUGACUUGGCAAAAAAAAAAAAAAAAUGGAUUAAGAGUGUACAAAACCCUAAUCUUUUGUUCAAUUCUCCCUCCUCUGAGUACUAUUUCAUAAUCCAGACCAUACACAUGUUUAUGUGACUAACUAACUAACUGUUGCUUCUACUUUAUUUGAAUAAUAACUGAAUGACAAAAUGGCAGUUUAUCCUGUAACUGUGGAAUUAUACAUUUCCAUCAAACAUCUUCUUCACAUGCUGUAGAACAGGUCUGUAGCUGAAAAUAUGUUCUACAAAAGCGGGGACAAAAAAAAAACAGUAUUAUGUAGUAUUAGCUCCUCGUGAAGGAAUGUGAUGACUUGAAUGUUCUAUAUCUCAAACGUGCUCUGAACACAGAUGGAAAUGUCCAACUCAGAUCAGCGCAGAAGCAGUAUUAGCUGGUUAUUUAUUGUUUCACUGAUGGGCUGUUUUUUGAUUUUCUAUAAUAAAGACAAAAGAAUUCAAAGUG